AUGGCUAUCACCCACACGGAUGACAGUACAAUGCUAUCAGCAACCAGCCAUUCUCUGACUCCUCAAAGUGAUUUGGACUCUAGUAGCUCUGAAGAAUUCUAUCAAGCCGUUCACCAUGCUGAGCAAACCUUCAGAAAGAUGGAAAGUUACUUGAAGCAACAGCAACUUUGUGAUGUUAUAUUGAUUGUUGGGAACCGAAAGAUACCUGCACAUAGGCUUGUUCUGAGUUCAGUCUCUGACUAUUUUGCGGCCAUGUUUACAAGUGAUGUCUGUGAAGCUAAGCAAGAGGAGAUCAAGAUGGAAGGCAUAGACCCCAAUGCCCUCUGGGACCUUGUUCAAUUUGCAUACACAGGUUGUUUGGAAUUAAAGGAAGACACCAUUGAAAACCUUCUUGCUGCAGCGUGCCUCCUUCAGCUUCCUCAAGUUGUAGAAGUGUGUUGCCACUUCCUUAUGAAGCUUUUGCAUCCAUCCAACUGUUUAGGAAUUCGAGCUUUUGCAGACGCUCAAGGAUGUAUUGAAUUAAUGAAGGUGGCCCAUAGCUACACAAUGGAAAACAUAAUGGAAGUUAUCAGAAAUCAAGAGUUUUUACUCCUUCCAGCAGAGGAGCUCCAUAAACUACUGGCCAGUGAUGAUGUGAAUGUUCCUGAUGAAGAAACCAUAUUCCAUGCAUUGAUGAUGUGGGUCAAGUAUGACAUGCAGAGGAGAUGCAAUGACCUGAGUAUGCUUCUCGCCUUCAUAAGAUUGCCACUUCUUCCACCACAGAUUUUGGCUGACCUGGAAAAUCAUGCAUUAUUUAAGAAUGAUCUGGAAUGUCAAAAGCUGAUUCUGGAAGCAAUGAAGUAUCAUCUAUUGCCAGAAAGAAGAACUUUAAUGCAAAGUCCAAGAACUAAACCCAGAAAAUCUACUGUGGGAACACUGUAUGCUGUAGGAGGAAUGGAUAACAACAAAGGAGCUACAACCAUAGAGAAAUAUGACCUCAGAACAAAUUUAUGGAUCCAGGCAGGAAUGAUGAACGGCAGGAGGCUGCAGUUUGGUGUGGCUGUUAUUGAUGACAAACUGUUUGUAAUUGGAGGUCGAGAUGGCUUGAAGACACUGAACACUGUUGAAUGUUAUAAUCCCAAAACCAAGACUUGGACUGUUUUACCACCAAUGUCAACACAUAGACAUGGCCUAGGUGUAACCGUACUUGAAGGUCCUAUUUAUGCUGUGGGCGGCCAUGAUGGCUGGAGCUAUCUGAACACAGUGGAGAGGUGGGAUCCACAGAGUCAGCAAUGGACAUUUGUAGCCAGUAUGUCGAUUGCUCGAAGUACCGUUGGUGUUGCAGCGUUGAAUGGCAAGUUGUAUUCAGUUGGAGGUCGUGAUGGAAGUUCCUGUUUGAGUUCCAUGGAAUAUUAUGAUCCUCAUACAAAUAAGUGGAACAUGUGUGCUCCAAUGUGUAAGAGGAGGGGGGGUGUUGGAGUAGCCACAUGUGACGGUUUUCUCUAUGCAGUGGGAGGUCACGAUGCUCCAGCUUCAAAUCACUGUUCUCGGCUACUAGAUUACGUAGAAAGAUAUGAUCCUAAAACAGACACUUGGACCAUGGUUGCUCCUUUGAGUAUGCCCAGAGAUGCUGUUGGGGUCUGUCUCCUUGGUGACAGAUUAUAUGCCGUUGGUGGCUAUGAUGGACAGACAUACCUCAAUACUAUGGAAUCCUAUGAUCCACAAACUAAUGAGUGGACACAGAUGGCUUCCUUGAAUAUUGGGAGAGCAGGUGCCUGUGUGGUAGUCAUCAAGCAACCUUGACUUCUUUUAU